AUGGACGAGACGGCUAAACUGGCUAAGCUGUAUUCUCGGAAGAAAUAUAUUGAUGAAUACGAUACUAAGGACUCAGGUGUGAUCACCCCGGAAGAGGAGAUAUUGAGUUCUACGGAAUUUUGCUCAACAGUGUUUGUUAUGGAAACCUUCAGAGACGCCCCACCGGGGAUCUCCCGAUUUCAUGAUGAUAAUUCCCUGGCUACGACCUUGGUGUACUGCCUAGGAUGUAAAGUGAAAGGAGACCUAAUUCCUCUCUGGCUACUUGGGUCUUUUUACCAACAUAUACCCGGUCGAUUGGGCCACAGCAUCGCGUUAGAUGAUGCAGUAUCAUGUCUUGCUGUGAAUAUCGAUAAAGGAAGAUGGGGUGAUCUCGCCCGUGGAACUGCUAAGCUUAUUCAAGCCCGUGGUGUUUAUCGGCAUACGGAUCCGUUCGAUCUCGGAAUGCUUGAAUCCCAGUUGAGUUACAUUGUAUAA